AUGUGCGAACUGCUUGUCGAGAAGGUGCUGUCGUCAUGCUUGGCUCCUCUUUCCGUGGGUGAUGCUUUACGGCGAGUCUUUGAAGCUGUCGCGAGUGGUGUACUCCUCAAAACUGGUCCAGGCAUUGGUGAUCCAUGUGAAAAAGAAGCGGUAGACGUCUUGGCGCCCCUCACUGGACAACAGAGAGAAGCAAUCACUGCUAGUGCUCAGCAUGCUCUUCGUCUAAUAGCCUUCAAUCAGUUGUAUAAGGUAUUAGGGUUAGAGCGUUUGCCUGAUGUGCGUCCACCGCUUACUGAUAGAAAACGACCGAUGGACACUGCAAGCGCUGCUGAAGACGUGAAGAAAGACAAGAAGGAAGGAGAAAACGGAAAUGCCGAAACCGUCAAUGCAGCUGUAGCUAUUAAAAUGGAAGUGUGA